CACACAGAGACAGAUACUAAAAUUUGGCAAGCAUAGAAGCUGUCUAGCAUACAAGCCAGAUCAGAGAGCUUCAUCACUUCAGCAGACUAAAUACAUUUGUUAUAUCUUUCCUUUACAAGUUCAUCCGUGCUGGGUCUCCUCUCUUUUCUUUCUCUCUCUUUCUUUCUUUCUUUCCCUCUCCCCCUGGAUUUCAUCUACGGGCCACGCUCCUGAUCUGUGAAACAACCUCCUCACCGCCAUCAUGGCCGACCCUGCCAUGGAGCUCCCGUUUUUUUAUGGUAGCAUCAGUCGCUUGGAGGCCGAGGAGCAUCUGAAGCUGGCCGGCAUGGGAGAUGGCCUCUUCCUCCUGCGGCAGUGCCUCCGUAGCCUGGGCGGCUAUGUCCUUUCCAUGGUCUGGAACCUGGAGUUCUACCACUACUCCAUAGAGAAACAGCUGAACGGCACAUAUUGUAUUGCAGGUGGAAAGUCUCAUUGUGGACCUGCUGAGCUUUGUGAAUAUUACAGCAAAGACCCAGACGGGCUAAUGUGCACCCUGAGAAAGCCUUGCCUGCGAUCGGCCGAUACACCAGUUAAGACGGGUGUGUUUGACAGUUUAAGGGACAAUAUGCUUAGAGAAUAUGUGCGUCACACCUGGAACUUGGAGGGUGAGGCCAUGGAGCAAGCCAUCAUUAGCCAGGCCCCACAGCUAGAGAAACUCAUUGCCACCACGGCGCAUGAGAAAAUGCCCUGGUUCCACGGCAAGAUCCCUCGGCAGGAGGGCGAGAGACGACUGUAUUCUGGAUCUCAACCAGAUGGAAAGUUCCUCGUCAGAGAGAGAGAAGAAUUUGGCACCUACGCGCUGUCAGUGACAUACGGAAAAACAGUAUAUCAUUAUCAGAUCUUGCACGACAAAUCAGGGAAAUAUGCAAUGCCUGAGGGAACUAAAUUUGACACUGUGUGGCAGCUGGUUGAGUACCUAAAGAUGAAGCCAGAUGGUCUCGUGACUAUCCUGAAAGAACCAUGUGUCAACCAGAACAAUGCACAAAUGGUCGUCGCAAAUGGUCCGAGGAGGCCCAGAGGUAAUGGAUACACACCGCCCCCUAUGGUUCCCAAGCCUUUGGGAGCCGACGGUCCACGACCAUCUUUACCUAUGGACCAUGAUGCAUUCAUCAGUCCCUAUGAUGAUCCAAAUGAAUGCAAGAAAAAAACGCUCUUCAUCAAGAGAGACAAGCUCAUGAUUGACGAGGUUGAGCUCGGAUCAGGCAACUUCGGCUGCGUCAAGAAAGGUGUCUUCAAAAUGGACAGCAAACAGAUCGAUGUGGCUAUUAAAGUGCUGAAGAAUGAGAAUGAGAAAUCAGUAAAGGAUGAAAUGAUGCGAGAGGCCCAGAUUAUGCAUCAGCUCAGUGAUCCAUUCAUCGUACGCAUGAUUGGACUCUGUGAGGCUGAAGCACUCAUGCUGGUCAUGGAGAUGGCCCCUGCUGGCCCGCUCAACAAGUUCCUCUCCAGCAAGAAGGACCAGAUUACUAUGGAAAACAUAGUGAUGCUGAUGCAUCAAGUUUCCAUGGGGAUGAAGUAUUUAGAGGGGAGGAACUUUGUGCACAGAGACUUGGCUGCCCGUAAUGUACUUUUGGUCAACCAGCAAUAUGCAAAGAUCAGUGAUUUUGGCCUCUCCAAAGCACUGGGUGCAGAUGACAACUAUUACAAGGCACGCACUGGAGGGAAAUGGCCUCUAAAGUGGUAUGCACCAGAGUGCAUCCAUUUUCACAAGUUUUCCAGCAAAAGUGAUGUUUGGAGCUUUGGCAUUACGAUGUGGGAGGCCUUCACAUAUGGAGGAAAGCCUUAUAAGAAAAUGAAGGGCCCUGAGGUGAUGAGUUUCAUAGAAAGCGGUAGUCGUAUGGAUUGCCCACCUGGAUGCCCUGAGGCCAUGUAUGAACUGAUGAAAGACUGCUGGACAUACAAGCAUGAUGACCGGCCAGGCUUUGUUAAAGUGGAGGAGAAGAUGAGAACUUUCUAUUACUCCAUUGCCAAAAAGAUCCCAGAUUACAUGAAAACAGAGAAUGAAAAGUCCCCAAAGUGAUCAAAGAGACAAAUUGAUUUGAGUGGCAGGAGUGAAACUUUUGCAAGGACAGAAUGAACAACAGUUUUGAUUAUACUUUAUUUGUAUUGAGUUACUUUAAAAUUAAGUUUAUCAAAUUCUCUGACAGAGCAAUGCAAGUUAACCUUUUUUAAUUAUUUGCCUGCUACUAUCAGUGUUUAUAAUACUAUUUUUGCCAUAUGAUAUCCCAUAGUUGGUAAACGAAAGCACCAACAGUAUUUCAGAUAAAGUGUUACAGUUAUCUGCUGACUGAUGGAUGGCACACAUGUAUCUUCUUCCCCAUCCAUUAAAAUUUUAAAAUGAAAGGACCUCAUUUACACAAACUUAAGGUCUUGUUCUUGUUAUUUGUCUAUGAUUGUACAGUAAGUUUUCUGCAAUUUUCAAUUUUCAUUUUUUAUGAAAAUAUGUUCUAAAAUGUGUCUGUGAAUUAAUUUUAUGAUGUUUCUGAAACUUUAGAACUUGGAAUAAACUGCACAUGCCACAAAA